GGGCGUUCUCUCCGUGUUUCAUUGGACGCCGAUUUAAAUCACCUCUUCGUGAUUGGCCAGGAUUGUCGUUCAGCUAUUGGCUGAUUUCAUGCACCGACAAUUUGAAAAUCUGUGUUCCUGUUUAAAGCCUGGAAAGCAGCGACACAGAGAGACGAGGGGAUACAAAGAUUUGGACACAGACUGUUAGAAGAGAAAGGUGAGGAUUGAAUAAGACUUUCGCUGUAAUAACAUGAGAUAUCAUCGAUCGUAGUUGUUUCAUUUAUAUUCAAUAAGAUUUCGAUGUUUUAUGACUUGAACCAGACUUUGUUGUGGUUUACUGUAGCAGUUCAGUAAAGGUGUAACAGCGCGUUUCUACGUAGUCGGGGAAAAUGCUGAUCUCCAGCCAAUCUGAACUCUUACAUUCAGCAGAAAGUUGAUGCAAUGGAGGACGGUGCCCCGCUGCAGUGCUGUGUGACGGUGGAGCAGCUCAACACCUCUGGUCAGGCCACCCGGAGGCAGGUCAUGCGUAAAGCUUCUGUUAUCUUGGGCCGCAAUGAGUUCGCGGAGAUCAUGCUCCGGAUCCACGACGGAAAAGUCCCGCAAAGUUACCGUCUCAGAGAGUUCAAACUGUUUACAAAGUUUGCCAAAGAAGGAAAAUGCACCGUCAAACUUCUCCCUCAAAACAUCCAGGUGCUCAUGUCCAACUGUCCCCCAGACAAGCUGAACCUCUUCCUGAAAACCCUGAGCAUUAAGCACCAGGCCUGGCAGGCCACCAAGCCCCUGAGCGACAGAGAGAAGCUCAAAGCUGCUCUGCCCCGCAGCUUCGAGACCAUCAGCCCCCUACAGAAGAAAGAUAUCCAGAAAGUCAACGAGCUGAGGAGUAUAGCUGCUCCCAAAGGGCUGACUGACUGCACCAAUAAGGGAACCGUGGCAGGGGCAGGACGGACAGGACAGGUCAAGAGGUCCAGGAGUGACACCAACUUCAGCCCAGUGAGUUGAACACAUGAGCAUAAGAUACCAAUAGAACAGCUUUUUAUGUGUCUUCAUCUGUGGCACAAUUAUGCAAUAUAACCUUUCCCUUGAGCUGUUUUUAAAAUCUAUUUAAUUUUAUGUUUUUUAAGAUGUCUCAUUUCUUUUUCAGGUCAAGUCAAACCCGAGUAAGAAGCCAAUCAUCGCUAUGCCAACACGAAAGCUUAAUAAAGAGCAGGCAGCAGUCCUCAAUGCUGUGCUGAGCGGAAAAAAUGUCUUCUUCACUGGAAGUGCUGGUGAGUUUGAAAACAAAGCUGAUGCUAAAUUCUCAGCACAUACUUGGGAAGGCCCUAAGCAGACAUGCAUCCUUACGUUUUAUUUACCCUGUUUUCAUACGAUCAAGAGUAAAUCUAUGGGUGGCCGUGGUCUUUGUCCACCUCCAGUUUGUUUUCACUUUAGAUUGUGGCUUUGGGCAUGCAUCUUCUUGAUUCCUUCAGUUUCAUACAAAGAAUGAUUACAGUUGAGGCCAAAAUUAUUAGCCCCCCUAUGAAAAUGUCAAUUCUUAAGGGGGCUAAGAAUUUGAUAAUUUUGCUUCUGUGCAAAAGUAAAAUAAUGUAAGGAUCCAAAAUAAAACUAAGAUAUUUGGAAAAGCUGUGUAAAAAAAAAAUCAUUAAUCUGUUGAACAGCACUUUGGAAAUUUUGGAAAAAAAGUUAAAAUUUCAUAGGGGGGCUAAUAAUUUUGGCCUCAACUGUAUGUUUUUAUUCUUUAGGAAAAGUUAUUCAUUCAUGUUAGUGCCAGCAUAAAUGCAUGUUAGCUCUGCCUCUGUUGGUGAUAAUGGUGGUAAUGGAUUACUUCCAGCAAUUUUCUGUAGAUAUCUUAUUAUCUUGAACAUAAUUUCUGUGAAGGACUUAAUGUAAUUUGUUAACAUGGAAAAAUUGGAGACAACAAAAUGUAUGGGUGAAUGUCAGCUUAGGGUUUUUGUGUUUAUUUAGUUUUUGCCCUGGAUUUUGUAUUUCUCCCUUUUGUUCCUCCUGAGAGAAGUAUUUUGUAAAGCCUAAUCUUUUUGAUUUUGAAAAGUUUAAUCUUAAUAUUGUUGCUGUUGUUGUUACUGCUGGAUUUAGAAUGUAUCUUAAAAUGGAUUUUUAUUAUUAUUUUUUUUAUUUCAGUCCAUCUGAACUUUAGUUGUACUUAUUUGUCUGAAAGUUUAAAUGAAAUUUUGAGCUGCUCUUUGUAUGUAAAGAGCUAGUCAAAUAUGUCGUUUAUGUCACUAUUUUGAUCUGUACAAACAUAAUAAUUGAUACCAGUGCAAUCUUUAAGUAUAUUCUAGCCAAAAUUAGAGGCGGUAGUCAACCAGCUCUGUGUUAUAAGUUUUGCAAAAGUGUCUGACUCAAAAUGUCAAUCCUCAUUUACACUGCUGUGUAUAAAAAUUGUGUGUUAAAUCUGUUUUCCAGGCACAGGAAAGUCCUUUUUGUUGAAGAGGAUCAUGGGAUCUUUACCUCCAAAAGGCACUUUUGCUACAGCCAGCACAGGAGUGGCUGCAUGUCACAUUGGCGGAACAACAUUACACAAUUUUGCUGGUCAGUUGUUGUGUCUCUCUGAGAACACAAAAUAGAUUUUAUGUAUGCUUGACACAAAUAGACCUCAGGAAAUGACCCAUAAUCAGCAGUGGGAGAUGAGAGAUUAUCAGAAUAAUUGCUCCAUUUGCUGGUUUCACCAAAAGCCUAUCCUGAAAUUGGGCUGUACUAUUCAUAUUGGAGAAGAAACUUCAGGCUGAACACUAAUAAUUGAUCUGAUAAUCAUUGUACUUUUUGGAGAGGGUUUGAAAUCACUUUCAACAACCGUGUGGCUGUCAGAAAAAUUGUUUUGUCCAACAUCAGUUUCCAAGAAAGCACACAGUCAUUUUGCCAAGAAUCGUUUUUCUAUUUUCUGCUCUACUGCUACAUCUGUACAAUAGCUUAUUUUAACUUUAAGUUAAGCUUGAAAAUGUUUAAUUCACUUCAGAGAGAGUAUCAGUUCCCUCUACAAUUAGAGGGGUCAUUUUGGUGAAAUCACAGUAGUAGAUGAAAUAGUAGUACCUGUAGUAUCAGGCAUUUGCAUGUGUGUUAUUGAUUUGUGACCUCUCUGACCACCAUUCUCCCCCCUCUGCUGCUCUGCUCCCCCUCUCUUCAGGUAUUGGUUCAGGCACGGCCCCUUUGGAGCAGUGUAUUGAACUGGCUCAGAGGCCCGGUGUGCUGCAGCACUGGACCAGCUGUCGACACCUCAUCAUUGAUGAGGUCUCCAUGGUGGAGGCUCAGUUCUUUGACAAGCUGGAGUCGGUGGCCAGGUGAGAUAAGAGCAACAGACAAUUGAUCAUACUUCACAAAACUGAAUGUGCGCACUGAAAGGGUUAAAGACAGAUGACAGUUUGUCCCCUCUUCUGUAGCAGUAUAUUGACUGUAUGAGUGUAUAUGGACCUCAAAUUUAACACCUCAUAAACUGUGUUUGUUCAUGGCUGCAGCUAUAAAGGAUGAUAUUUUUGUUUUAUUGUGAAGAUUAGCAGAACUCUGGUGUGAGCUAUAUUGCACAACACAGUGCAUUUUAGUUUAAAUAAAAUAUGAGGCAAUAACGUAUGAAAAUAUCUAAUUAACUAUAAGUGUACUUUCUCUCUAGGCCACCUAAACUGCCUCCUUAACAGCAUACUAAUAAAAUAUUUAACAACUAUCUAGAAGUUCCUGUGCUCUUCAAAAUCAGAUUCAGUUUGUUAAGUCUGCAACUUUCUCUCAAAUAAAAUCUGCACCUCUAGAUUUUUGAGCACUUUCUGUCUGUAUGCCAUCAAAAAAACUGAACUUAAAGAAAAGUUUUAAGUGUGCUUUAUUACAGAGAGUGUACAUUAUCAUUUAGAUUGGUACAAUAUCAAGUGUUCUGUAGACUGAUUUAAGGACAGUGCAAUUGAGAGUCUCAUUGUUUCUAUUGAUAGAUGUCAUCAGUUUAUCUUUACAUGGAAAUGUUGAACAUUGUAUGUGCCCACUUCAAUUACAAACACCUGAUUUCGCUGUACAAUCACAGAAAAAGGCAUUGUGAUUUUAAAAUGUUGUUGUGGUUCAUUAGAAGCUGCAAAAUUGAAAAAAAAAUGAUGAACCAGAAACCCAUUUUUGGGGGGGCACUUAAAAAAAACAGCAUUUAAAAACCUUGUUGACUAUGUAGCUGUUAAUCACUGUGUUGAUCCUCCCCUAAUUUGAAAACACCACAUUCUGUCUAGGUCAGUGAGGAGGUCCACUGAGCCAUUUGGGGGCAUCCAGCUGAUUGUGUGUGGUGACUUCCUGCAACUGCCACCUGUGUCCAAAGGAAAGGAAAAAGCCAGCUUCUGCUUCCAGGUCAGACAAACAUGAAUCCUGAAAUUUUACUCUUUACCCAAGUCAUUAGAUCAGUAAUAUUGCCUGAAAAGACAUUUCUAUAACACUCUUGCAGUGUUACAUCCUGCUCUGUAGGGUUAUGGUUUCUGUAGUUUUUACAAAACUGUAUGGGAAGAGUUCAUGUAGUGGGCAUUUUUUGAUAUCAAGUUAGUGAUGGGAGGUCUGGUCAUUUUUGUGCUCUUUUUGUAUAAACGGUUGUGUAAGUCAGGGAUGUUGUGAGUCAUUCAAGCGUACUCAUGGGGAUCUGUGCUUCAGGCCAGGAGUUGGCGGAAGGUGAUCCAGCUCAAUAUGGAGCUCACAGAGGUGCGUAGGCAAACAGACCAGUCCUUCAUUUCCCUCCUGCAGGCAGUGAGGGUUGGCAGGUAAAAAAACAACACUGUCCAUUUCUUUAACCUUGCAUUCCACACACACCUCUUCUAACAGUGUUUAACAAAAUGUUCAGUAUGAUGUGUUUUGACUUUAACCCGUUACGUAAAAGGAAACUUCCAGGAACAACAGCUUAGCUCUGCUGCUCGGCAACAGAUUUUUUUUAUCAAUUAAAGUUCAAUCCAUUUCCGUCUCAUUUAACACUGUUCAGGGUGACGGAGGAGGUCACUGCCAAACUGUUGCAGAGUGCCUACCACCACAUCGAGAGAGACGGUAUCCUUGCCACCAGGCUGUGCACACACAAGGAUGAUGUGGAGCUCACAAACGAGAACAAACUCCAGCAGUUACCAGGUCUGAAUCGCUGCAUUUACAAAGGUUUUCACCCUGAGGAGUGUGAGAUAUGGAUUCAUACUGAUAAUUGGCAAAGCUGUUUUCUGUGAGUUGAGUCAUGUAUGACCAUCUUGUUGAAACCAAUUUCCUCAGGAGCAAUUUUACGUUUGUGAGCGCUGCCGUUUCAUUUUCUGCAGUAUUUUCAUCAUUUCAUUUCCGUACUUGUAGAGAGGAGCUAUGACUCUGUUAGACUGGUGGUCACUCAAAGUUUUGAACAUAUAUUUUUGAAUCUCUUUUUGUGUACAAUUGAGCCCAGGUAUUUUUGGAGCUUGGUUAUUCAGAAGUCAUCCAACCUCAUCAAAGUUACCCAGUCAAACCUUAAAAUUGGAUUGUUAAAAAACAAACAAACAAAAAAACACUUAAGUGGCUCUCAUUCCAUUCUGUUCUGAUCCAAUCCAAUUUCAGAAUCCACUUUUUUUUGUUUUUUUAUUUGCAUGUUAGGUUUCUAGUUGUUUGUAACCUUUUGGGAGGAUUGAUUCUAAAUAAAUCUGUACAUUCAAAUUCAAUCAUUUUGGUGCCCCAUGUAGACAGAGUAUAUGGCGUGUGCACAUGCAGCAUUCAUUUAAGAGUGUCAGCAGUAGUGGAUUUGUUGGUCUUUGAAAGUCUGUAUCUAAUGUUUAUUUAAUCCACUUUUACACAGCUAUGGUAGAACAUAAGUUUGAAGAAUUUCCUGAUCCAUGUCAGCAAAAAAAGAAAAUCAAUAUUUGGUUGAUUUCAAAAGCUUUGAAGAAAUGAGCCCAGUAUCUUCACUUGAAUGUUUUCCUCUUUCUCAUCAUAUUUUCUGUACAUAAACCCAUCAGCCUUCAUAUUUUCCUCUCCUAUUAAAUGAGACACUUCUCGACCCUCAGGCUCAGUGCGAGUGUUCGAGGCUCUGGACAGCGAUCCAGCUCUUGUGAAGACCAUGGACGCUCACAGUCCUGUUAACAGGGUGCUCCAACUCAAAGUGGGGGCUCAGGUAAGUCUAUUUCUCAAAUCCCAUGAGCUGCCACUAUCUGGCUGAUAUUAAUGGAGAAUCUCAGUUCGAGUUGGAACAUGUGCUAAAUCUUUGUCUUUUUUAAGGUCAUGCUGACAAAGAACUUGGAUGUGGCCCGAGGACUGGUGAACGGGGCGCGAGGGGUCGUGGUUGGUUUUGAGUCUGGAAAAAAUGGUCAGUUCGUUAGUUUCUGGUUUUUUUUUCAUCUUGAAACAAUUUAGAAAAAUUUUAUCCUAGAAGAUCCAGAAUCUUUGUCAGUUUUAUCCACUUAGGUGUGAAGCCUUACCCUAAAAAAUGAUUGUUUAGUGCAAUAAAACGGAGGGGUGAUAGCUACCCUGGCUUUUUUUAAGUUAAAUGGUUAACAUUUACAUGCUAAAUUAAGUUUAAAAAGCCACAUUUUAUGUGGUUAAGCUGUUUUUUCCCCCCCUCGGCUAAAAGUAGGAGUUUCUUCAGAUCUCCAUUUUCCAUGCAAAAUUAAGCUAACAGCUUAACAAUUUCUUGCUUAAAUCGCUGAAUGCUGAAAUCGCAAACAUGAGUACAUCUUUCCAAAUACUGCACUACUUUGUCAACUGUCAGUACUAAACACAGUGAAAUUAGCAAAAAAGCUCUUCUACUUGUAACUUGAAAACAUCUUCUCAGGAUUUCUAAUUAAAGAAGGACUUUUGGUUAUUUUUGUUACAAUAGCAGGCCAGACAGACAAGCAGGUGAAACCUUGUGAAAAACAACAAUUGUUUUUUCAGUAGUGUUUUUUGUUCUUUUUAAUUGAAUGAACAUGCUGAUUCAUUCCUCAUUUCCCCCAGGACUCCCACGAGUGCGUUUUCUGUGCGGUGUCACAGAGGUGCUUAAACCUGAACGAUGGGUGUUUAAGGCCGGCAGUGGGAUCCACCUGAGUCGACAGCAACUGCCACUCAAACUGGCGUGGGCCAUCUCCAUCCAUAAGAGCCAGGUGAGCACAGGGCCAGUCACAGCCACACACAGAGCACAACAUCCAAACAACCAAAAACUCAACAAAGCUCUAUAACUGCUUUGAAAUGUCUGUCUGGAAGUGAGUGGGGCGUUCUUUUAAUGAAUGACUCACUUUAUGACAAGAUAUUUAAUUUUAUUGUCCGAAAACGAAUUCGUUUUUCUUUUUAUAUUGCAUUUGCAGGUAUUUCCCGGCAGUAGAAAGUGCAGACAGUUUGGUUUUUCUUUUUGAGUCAGCCUUAGAGCUCGAAUCAUUGUCUCCAUUAUUUCUUCUAAUCCAAGGUUAAGAGCCACAGGGGAGAGUGAGGAGUGUGUCAGAAAUACAAACUGUGUUCAUAUAAUAGCACUUCUCCCUUUCAUUUAAUCUCUUUUUUUAACAUUCACAUGAUUGAAUGUUCCAGAAAUUCACCUACAGCACAAUCUGUUCUUAUUUCAAAUGGAUUAUUUUCCACAGCAGCAAAGUUUUGAGAGAAUAAAACUUUAAAAAAAAAUGUCACUUUUCAUCUCUUUGUUAUUGUCAUGAAAUUUGCAGCUGCUUGCAUUCUUCAUGAACUUUGUCCUGACAAUCAUGAUCCCCUGCAGAUAAACGCUUAUACAAAUGUUGUCGCUUCAGGGACUUCACCUCAAAUACCACCAGCAGGCUUGGCUUUUGACGUAUUCUGGAGGUGUCCGCGGAGAACUACGGCACAGACAUUAAAGAUGAUAAAGUUGAUUCAAUUUAGUCACUCUGGUUCGACUAGCGGCAGGUUGAUAUUUGUGCUUUAAAUCUAAUUUGGUGCAGACAUUCCUGUUCUGAGCUCUUUUUUUUUUAUUCAAGGUUUCCUUUAUACUUUUUCAUUUAAGAGUUGAAUCAUGGCAGAAACAUUUUAUUUCCCUUUUGUGCAGUUUAACAAAAGUAUUUUUUUGUUUGUUUGUUUUAUGGUUUCAAACAUGAUUUUUACAAGCGUCGGUAUUUAAACUAGAUGUUUUUUCCUUUUUUUUAAAAAAAAAAAAAACGAACCCACCCACAUGAAUAACAUAGAAAGCCAGAGUUCAUUGAUUCAAGACGUGACCACGAAUUCAAAUUAUUCCCACUUCCUGCAAACUGACGGCAUGUUCUCCUCUCCACCUCCACCUCUUGUCUUCAUCCAUCUGUGUGCAAUCAAAUGACAGCCUUCACAGAUCAUUUAUCUGUCUCGCAACAGCUCCCACUCUCCUCCCACAGCAGGUUGUGUAUCUGUCAGCUUUAUAAUCAGUCUGAGAAAAAGGCCCCAGGGUAACUGAUUUUAUUGGUCACGAUCAGUGCAUCACCAGUGACUGACCUGCAGCUGAGGAGCUAAGAGGGGGACCUAAAAAUAAAUCUGAUACCAGCAAACAUUCAGAGGGGCUACAGGGACAAAACGGAAAAAUUGUAGGUGAUAUUAAUCAGGUGGAAAUGUCACGUGAAGCAAUAAAUAACAAACCAGCUGCUCUCAGUGAAUUAACACUGGCAUUGAGAAGUUUUUACAAUGUAAAUAACCUGUGCUUCUUGAUCAUUUUUUCAUUCAUCCAACAAAAAUACGUGAUCCAAUCUGAGCCAAAAAUAACUUUAACUCCUGGUUUGUUACAAAGGCUUAUAUUCAUCAUUCUGUUUUAAUUUAUUGGUGACUUUUCUUCCCUAUUAGGGGAUGACACUGGACUGUGUGGAGAUCUCUCUGGCUCGUGUGUUUGAGAGCGGACAGGCGUAUGUGGCUUUAUCUCGGGCACGGAGUCUUGAAGGGCUGAGGGUGAUGGACUUUGACCCCCAUGUAGUCAGAGCAGACCCAGACGUUCUUCUCUUCUACAAGAGACUGAGGAAGGAAAGGCUGCUCAUGCAGGUAAAAACUAGGCUCUUAAUCAUAACCAGUUUUGUUGAAUUUUAACUCUUUAUGCUAUUCAGUGAUGUAAAUGAAUCCCUCCAUGUGCACUGUUCUCUGCAGGCCUCUAUGGAUGAUUUCGUCGGGAACAAAGAAAACUGGUGAGAGGGUGAACUCAUCACCAACUUCUGAAAUAUUGUGCACUGUGUGCAUAAAGUAUCUGCUCUGUGUCACAUCUUUAUUCCACUUGGGUUAGUUUGAUUUUAUAAAAUGACAUUUUUAUCGCUGACAAAUACACUUAUCUACCUCAUUUCUCGGUGAGCUGGUGGCGUGAAGGGUCCCACUGCCACCCUGUGGUCAAUAUUGUAUUUUUAUUUUAUUUUUUUAGGGGAUCUUGUUUUUAAGAGACAUUGAUUUUUAAGUUAUUAUGUAUUAUGUUUUUGGCAUGUAUCCAAAUAAAGAUUUGGUCAACCAACA